AUGGCGACGAAGCUGUUUUCUCCGCCGUUGUCUUGUCCAUGGAUGACUUCAAGAGAUGUCAUAAUCAAAGGACAACGGAGACAUGUAUGGGAGACGAAGCGGAACAGAGUCGCCGCCGUAACGGCCAUGGUAGUGGAGCCACUCUCUGCUGUAUCUUCUUCAGCAAUUCAGAUUCAUCAAUGGUGGGAACAAAACCCUAACUCAUUACUCUUGAUGGCUGAGACUAGCGGUGGUUACUCGUUAGCUAGCUACUACACGUCAUUGGGUUUGUUCGUUAUCUCAGUUCCAGGUCUUUGGUCACUCAUCAAACGCUCUGUUAAAUCAAAGAUUGUGAGGAAGACGUUCGUUGUUAGCGAAGGAGUCAAGAAGGAGCCGAAUCAAGUUGCUGGAGAGAUUCUUUCUUUCUUCACAAGGAAGAACUUUAAUGUUACUGAUCGUGGAGAGACUAUCACGUUUGAAGGAGUAAUGGUUCCGAGUAGAGGACAAGCUGCUCUGCUCACGUUUUGUACAUGUAUAAGUUUAGCAAGUGUGGGUCUUGUUUUAACCAUUACAGUUCCUGACUUUGGGAAUAAUUGGUUCUUUAUUACCAUUCUUAGUCCACUCGCAGGAGCGUAUUACUGGAAGAAGGCGUCGAGGAAAGAGGAGAUAAAGGUGAAGAUGAUGGUGGGAAAAAAAGGGAAACUGGAUGAGAUUGUGGUUCAAGGAGAUGAUGUACAAGUUGAAGAGAUGAGGAAGGAGCUUCAGCUUAGUGAGAAAGGCAUGGUUUAUGUUAAAGGUCUGUUUGAGAGAUCAUGAUUCAAGCAUUGAAUCCCAUUUUUGUCUUUUCUUUUUCUGGGGGAGAGAAUGUGUUUAUAUAACUGUUCAAGGGUGGAUUGGUUUAAUGACCAUCUGACUCAUUUCAUCAUAUACCGAAUGAAUUGAUUUAUGUUAUAACUGUUCAAGGGUGGAUUGAUUUCGUUAGGAGGCUGAUUGUUG